AAAAAACUCUCAGAAAAGCUUCUCAAACUCAAAGAUUUUAUAUCAACUAAUAAGUUUGAUCUUGUAGCUGUAACAGAAACCUGGCUUACGCCGACAUCGCCAGAUAUUACCGAUGUCUUACCUAGAGGCUACCAAAUAAAACAUGAACCACGUCCCUUUGGACGUGGGGGUGGAGUCGCUCUAAUACACAAGACUAGCAUUAAAAUAGAAGUAUUGACUUCAACUGAAGACACACGUUUCACUACCUUUGAACACAUGGACUGUAGUGUAAAGAUAAAAGACUACUCUCUACGAUUGGCUGUGAUCUACAGACCACCUCCAUCAAAAGCCAAUCGCUUGAAAUCAAGUACUUUCUUAACGGAAGAAUUCUCCCAGUUUUUAUUAAGAUAUGCAUCAGCAGAUAAAAACAUCAUUUUGACCGGCGAUUUGAAUUUCCACCUUGACGAUCCGUCUAAAAAGGAUACUGUUAAAUUCAAUGACAUACUCCAUUCUUUUGGUAUGAUGCAGCAUGUAACAGAGUCAACACACAAAGGAAGGCACAUUCUGGACGUUGUGAUCACCAGGGACACUGUGGAUACGGUCUCCGACGUAGUUGUGAUCAAUCCUAAACUUUCAGACCAUUAUGCCGUCAUCUUCAAUGCAAGAGCAUCAAAACCAGCUUUGCCUCAGAAAAUGUCGGUGGACGCGACUGCAAAAGAAGUAGAGAAGUGGCUGAAUGAACAUCAAUUUACAAAGUACACAAGUUUUUUCCAGGACUAUGUAGGUGCAGAUAUUCUGCGGUUGACGAGAGAUGACUUGAUACAGAUAUGUGGCCUUGCCGAUAGUAUACGUCUGGAAAAUUUACUGCUGUCUAGACCCAUCAGAACAGUGGGACCCAGAUUAACGUUGUUCAUGCGUGUAGGGUCUGACACAAUGUACCACGCAGUUUAUUUGGAGCAACUCAGCUGCCAGGAACUCAUCCAGGAAAUUGCUGAUCUACCGGAAAUUGUGGGUAACCGAGACUCCAUCAGCAACAUCUGCAUGCAAGAGCCGACAUCGAAGAUUCCUUUAUAUCUCACGGAUAAGGUUGUUCGUUACGAACUUCAGGACAAAUCACGCUUUAUGGUUGAAAUAUCAAGUGACACUAAAAAUGAGGACAAUGUACGAGUGACUCUGAAGAGGGAAGAGUAAACUGCGAGGAUGUUAAAGGACGUUCUCUUAAGUUGAACACAUUAUGUUUUUUAUCAAACAAUUACAACAGAACUUUCGCCCGCAUUGCAACUGUUGUGAGCAUCUUUUUGCGUGUGUAGUAAAGUUUAGUUUUAUGAUGUCAUUAUUAUGUAACACCAACUGUAAUAUGUCAUUUAUCAUAACACAGAUUUUUCAUAAUUAACAGUUAGUCAUCAGCACUUAUGAUAAGCAUAUUAACUUAAACAAAGACAACAUGUACAUAAGUUUGCAGUAUUUAUCUCCCUUGUUUAACCUGCUCACUCAGAUUCCCUAAUCUAUUUUGGAUCAGCUCUGGAAUUUGUUAGACCCCUUGGUUUCAAAACACUUUAAGGUAUAAUACUUCAAAAAGCAUAUUUUUCUAAUAUAAUGACAAUUUUAGCUAAGUUGUAAUUUCUUUUGUAAAUCUGUACUAAUUGUUUUGUCACAUUUGUUAUCAGGUUUUUUUUUGGUUUUUAGUAUUUUAUUCUCGAAAAGCAUCAAGUUUUACACAAGUACCGAAAUACAGAGAUCAUAUAUAUUUUGAGAUAAUUUGUAGCUAAUAACGUAAGGAGCAAAACAAGGAACUGAAAGAAGAGCUUUAAAAAAAACAUAAUUGAAAAAAGAGAAAAAAACAUAGAAAAAAAUGCGCACAAAAAUCUUAGCCCAAAAAUCUAUUUUUUAUUGUAAAUUUGCUAAAAGGGGUUGAAAUUGUUCUCUGAAUAUAUUCAAUUUAUAUUUGGUUAUAGCAAUCAUUUCUUCAAUUCUAAGUCUAUGCUGGAGUUAAUCUUAAAAGUUAUGGAUUGUGGGUAUCGUUGCCUGGUUCUUUUUCUUCAAAAUGAAAUAUUUCGUCAGUAAUGUAAUACAAUUAACAGCUACGGAUGUUGGUAAAUUACCAUCUUAAUCAUAAGAAAAACUUUUUUUUGUAUGUGUAGACAAUUCCACUGCGUGUAUUAAUUGUUGUUUCAAUGUACAAUUUCAGAUCAUGCCAGAAUGUUUGUAUUGUUGUGCACUCCCAAAACAUUUGAAUGUUUGAGUCAAUCAUCAUGCAACAAAAAUCACAUAAAUUGGAGGGUUUAAGUCCGCAUUUCAGUAAAAAGCUAUUAUUAUGAAUAAUUCUCAUUAAAUAUUUAUAUUGAAAUUCUCUCAAUGUAGUAUAGUUUGUAAGCAAUAGAGGUUUAACAAAGAUACUCUUAAAAUCAAGUCCUUUUACGAAAUGUGUUUCCCAUUUGAUAAUGGAUUUAACAGUAUCUGGAAUUUUUAAUAGGACUAACUUGGAGUAAAUAAAUGUGCAUAUUUUUGUUUUUUUGUUGAUCAGUUAAAUAAGGCGAUCGGGUUGUUAAUAACUGAUAGCUUCUGUUUUCAGCUUCUCUUUCCAAUGUAGUGGAAUACUUUGAAUGAAUGUAUAAUAUUUCAGAAAUUCGGUAUUUUCUAAAUCAUAUAGUUGUUUAAUUUGAUAUCAAGUGUAAAAAUCUCGAACUCUAUAGUCUUAAAAAUGCUCCACAAGGUCGAUACCUCUGUCAUGUCAUUUUUUGUAAAACAGAAGACCAGUGUGUUUGUUUUUGAUAUGUGAAUUAUUCCAAAUUAUUUCUUUUCCUAUGUUCUCUUUAUUUACUUGGAUAUUUAGUUUAGCCCAAGAAAUUAAAAUUUCUUUUAGAAAUGAGGAUUUAAUGGUUAAUGAUUAAAUUUUAAUUAUUUGGCUUUUACUAUUUCUCAAAAUGAAAAAGUUGCCAUUGUUUUCUAAAAAAUAAAUACAGGGCCGUCAGUUUUGAUUCCGGCUGAUAUAUUAAACGUUUGAUCCAGCUUGCCUUUAAUCCAGCUAUAAAACUUUCGAUGUCAAUCAUUUUAAGCCCACCGUAUUUGUAGUCUUGUAUUCUUUGUGUUUGCUAAAUUUUAUCAGGUUUCUCGUUCCAAAGAAAUUUGAACGUUUUUGUUUUAAGUUCGUUGACUAUACUUUCAUUUGGGGAGGACUGUAAGUAGAUAUAUUAUUUUUGGUAUAGCAAACAUUUUAAGAACAGUAAUUUUUCCGAUUGAGGAAAGUUUCCACUUCUUCCAUUUUAUAAACAGUUGUUAAAUUCCUGAAAUUUAUUUAAAAUAGUGUAUUCCGUAGUUGCAUUUGUUGUAUUUUACAGUUUUAUCCCCAGCACUGUUGCGUGUUCGCAAUUCCAUUCGAAUUUUUCUUUCGGGCAAUAUUUUACAUUUUUAUUAGUUAAUGAACCUAGUGUCAUAACUGAACACUUGUUAUUAUUUAGUUUUAAUCUUGAUAUGUUAGAAAAAUUGUUUAUAGUACUGAUGAGAUUUUCAAAGGACUGUUGGUUGCCAUCAAGUGGGAAACAUGCAUCACAUUUAAACAGUGUUUGUUUUAUUUCAAUAUUGCCUAUGUUGACUCCUUUAAUAUUUUGAUUAUUUUGUAUUUGGUUAGCUAAAAAUUCUAUGCAGAUUAUAAAUAGGUAUGGUGAGAGGGGACAUCCCUGUCUUACGCCCUUUUUGAUGUUAAAAAAUUCUGAGAAAUAACCAUUAUUAGUAAUACAUGAAUUUGCAUUGCUAUAAAAUAAUUUAACCCAAUUUAUAGUAGACUGACUGAACCUCGUUGUUUCUAGACAUUUGACCAUUGAAGUGUGAUCCAGGCUAUCAAAGGCUUUUUGGAAGUCUGAAAAAAUGGUCCAGGUUCGUUAUUGUCAUUUACUUUGUCGAUUAUUUCAUUUAAAAUUCGUAUCUUUUUCCCAAUAUAUCUCCCUUUGAUAAAUCCUGUUUGGUCAUAAUUGAUUAUUUUUUCAAGGAAUAUUUUUAUUCUAUUUGCAAUCGAUUUUGUUGCAAUUUUGUAAUCCACAUUUAAUAAAGAAACGGGCCGCCAGUUAUUUAUGGAUAAAAUAUAUUUUUUCUUUUUCGGCAACAGUGAAAUUAUUCCUUGGUUUUGAAGUGGGGUUAAAUGUCCGUGUUGAAAUGAAAAAUUUAAGGAGUUAAUUAAAUACUGCUUGAUAUCAUUCCAAAAUUGUUUGUAAAUUCAAUGGUCAAACCGUCCGAUCCUGGGCUCUUAUUAUUUUUUAUUUCCUUCAAAGCAUUGAAACAUUCGUAAUCUGUUAAUUGUUCAGGAUGUUUUGUUCUAUCUUCAUCUGACAGUUUUACAUUUUCAAAAAAAGGACUUUUGUCAUCAUAAUUAUGUCAGAUAUCAGGUUCAUAAAGGCUUGAGUAAUAUUCUUUUAUUUCUUUAAGUAUCUGUACAUGGUCAUUUUCUAAUGUAUCAUUUAUCCUUAGUUGUUUUAUCACCUUUUGUUAAGAUCUUUUGGAUUUAUAAUUAGCAAAGAACUUUGUAUUUUUUUUAGCCCCUUCAAUCCAUUCAGCUUUAGAUCUUAUUAGAAAACCUUUUAUUUUUUCUUCGCUUAGUGCAUUGUAUGCAUCUUUUUCUUUUUUUGUAAUUUUGCAUAAGUAUUGCAUCGUUUGGGUUUCUUUCCAGUUAUUCUUCCAUAUUUCUUAUGUUAUUUUCUAGUUCUUUAUCAGUUUUGAUAUUUUGUUUCUUUUUGUUUUCCGAAAAUUUAAUGCUUUCAUCUCUGAACUUGCCUUUAAUAAGUUUCCAUAAUAUAUUAGGAUUUGCAUCACUGUUGAAAUGGACAACUUCUGUAAUUGCAUUUUUUAUCUUGAAUUUGUAAUCUGUGUCAAGCUUAAAGUAACCUGGACCUCUUUCAUUCAAAUCAAAAUGUAUGUCUAGGAUAACAAUGGAAUGGUCUGACUUAAAGCCAGUUUUUAUUCAACAUUGCCGAGCGUUACUUAUUAGGCAAGAUGAUAUUAGAAAGUAGUCUAGUUGGGAAAAAAUGGGGGGUUAGUAUUUGAAUGCCAAGUAAAAGCUGAUUUGAAAGGAUUAAAAUUCCUGUAAAUGUGAGAUAAAUCGUAAUUAUCUUUUAUAUAAUUCACUUUAUUUGAGCGUUUAUUGUUCGUAGUUGUCUUCCCAUUUAACUUGUCUAACUUAAAAUCUUGUACUACUUUAAAAUCUCCUCCUAUUAUCAAAAUGAAUUCAUCUAGACUGGAAAAUUGUAUUCUCUUAUGUAUUAAAAAAAUCAAGGUAGUCGUUAUUUGGAGCAUAUAUAUUAAUUAAAGCAAUAUGAGAAAUAUAUAUUUUUACUUUUAGAACCUGUAGCCUUCCUACUAUAAUUUCUUUAUAAUCGAGGAUAUGUAUUUGUUGGUUGGGUUUUAAUAGAAUUCCGAUGCCUAAGCUGUUUGUACUUUGUCCACUGCAAAAAAACAUCCCCUCCCCAUGCUUGAGCCCAGUCAGUAUUUAAUUGUUUGUUAUCAUAUUGAAGUUCUUGUUAUAUUGCUAUAUCAAUUGAUUUUGUUUUUAACCAUGUAAAAACUUGUUUGCGUUUAAUUUUGGCAUCCAGUCCUUUGACAUUAAAUCUACAAAUAUUAAAGCUUGUCAUGUUGUAAUAUUAUUAUGAAUGUCCACCAUGAGUCUAUUAGUAGUAUACCCAUUUAAAAUGUUACCAUUUACCUCCAGCGUAAACACUAUAACAUACAUUUUAAGUCUUGGCAUAAGGCGCGUAUUAAAUAAAUAAAAAAAAUGUGAAAAUGAUUUAUACAAAAUAGUUGCUUUUUAUCAAGGAUUCGUCGAAAAAAAUACAAGUAAUAUGACAUUAUAAUAUUAACAACAUUAUACAAUCUAGGCCUGUUUACAUUGUGCAUUGUUAUCAGUUUGUUGCAACUUAAUCAAUAAUGGGAACUGUUAAUGAUAAGCCAUCUUUAAGAAAACCCCUUCAAUGUUCCCCAGAACUAAGAUCUUGAUUAUUGAUUAUUGGUGUGUUUUGAUAAAUGAAUGCACAUAGAGCUAGCAUAUUUUAUUGUCCCCUACCGGUGAAACCGGAGCGGACUUAUGGUUUGCGCUUUGACUGUCAGUCAGUCUGUCUGUCACACUUUUCUAGAUUCUGCGAUAACUUUAAAAGUUCUUCAUAUUUUUUCAUGUAAUUUGAAACAUGGAUAGAUGGCAAUAUGGAGAUUAUGCACGUCAUUUCAUUUUGCUCAUACGUCAAGAAUUCUGGUUGCUAUGGCAACAAAUAUAUAUAUAAAAUAAAAGUAAAAACAAAUACUGACAAUUGUGGAGUUUCACCGGUAGGGGACCAUAUUGCUUGGAAAUCUUUUGUUAGAAGUAUUUUGGUUAUGUUCAAUUUAAAUAAUAUUGUUGAUAUGAGUGUUUUUAUUAUGUUUUAGUCUAUGAGUAGAGAUUAUAUUUUUAACCAAUCAAAAUGUAUGUAAAUUGACUGUUCUGAGGGAAAAUAGACUGUUCCGCCAGUGCUCUCAGAACUGUAUAAAAUCAGCUGUUUUGGCUGAAUAAAUGACUUCUUGAUGCUUUCUUGAAAAGGUAACAACUCUUAGUAAAAGGUGGGAAAUUUUAUAAGUAAAUAAUUAAUUAAACUCUAAAUUAUUGUAAGACCAGCAUCAAGACUUUUUGGCAUUAUUUUCCAAAUUAUUCCCAUUAUUUAGCUAAUUUUUAUUUGGCAUUUUCUAAAUUAGAAAGACUAUUUUAUUUAAAUAAAUUUAGUAAAUUCUUCUUAUUUUUACAUUUGAUUCACUGGAGUUUUCCACUCUCCAUAAAUUGUGUUCUUUAAAUAUAGUUAGACUUAUUUUCGAAACUAAAUUUUUGAAGAAACUUCCAGACUAACAGUAACUAAUAUUUCAAUCAGUUUUUGACAGAUUGUGAACUUCUUUUUACAUUUAUUAAGGUAUUUGCUGUAUUUUGUUCAUUUUUAACGAUACUUGGAUACUUUAGACUUGGCAUGUACCUGUUCUUAAUUCUCUGCCAUUCUUCUUCAUUUUCUUAGUUCUUAUAAUAAAAGUAAGUUAUUUUCGUUAAA